AUGUUCGGGGUCGCUCGUGUGAACGCCAAGGCGAAACCGAAGGCAAAGGCCGCCAACAGCACCAAGAAGCAGCCCAAUGGUCAUUGUGGCAUCAUUGUUGUGUGUCCAUUGUGAUGCUGGUUUGUUCAUUCAGGUGCUUCCAAGAAGGCCGCCGUCAUGAAGAACAUACACAAGCCAGCGGCGGUGGCGAGAGGAAGGAGACAGAUCGACCUGCCGCAGCUGCUGCAGCAUUGGAGGGAGGAUACACUGGGGAGGAGAGAGGGCCGAUUGCUGGGCUUCGCCGCCGAGCCCCGGCACUCAGGAGGCUAUGUGGUGUACAUUAGCGUGGAGCGCAACAGAAAGGAUAUGCAGUCAUAUCCAUCUCCCGCUCUCUCUCUCUCUUUCCCUCUCUCUCUCUCUGUGAGUGUGUGUGUGUGUGUGUGUGGAUGUUGAUCAGGGGAUGCACCCGAGACUCCGUCACAUCCAUCGUCACCGACUGCUCGAAGGUAUGGAAGGCAUGCUGCAGAAGUGUGUCUGUGUAUGCGGCAAUAGCAGCAAGAAAACGGGUGUUGAAAGGGGAAAACGACAGACGCAGACAUGGAGAGGGUUUUUUGUUUGUGUCUUUCAGAUUCCGUGUGUGUCGUUCUCACCUGCGUGGCAGCAAUGGUCAACGGCUUUCAAGAAGUGCGAGAGGAGCGCAAAUGGCCAUCAUUGCCGUGAUUCUGGCUGGCGUGUGCUUUGGCAUCAUGCUCAUAGACACAGCGGCGACAGGCAAGGCCAAGGCGAAUGCCAUGGGGCCAGGCAUGUCGCAUUUAUCGGUGCCUGCAUUUUAUUUUUAGAGGAGAUCUGCGGCAGUCUAUGUGACCCUCCUUGGCUGGAACGGUACUCACGUGGCUUGGCGUGUGUUUUUUCACUUAUCGGCUGAUGACAUACUCAAGCUGAGCAUCAGUGGCGAACAUUGGAAGGUUCGCCGCUUCACCCUGUGUGCUGUGAGAGGCUCUGUGAUGGAGCUGCUCUUCUCGGGCCGCUUCGACGACAAGUUUAUCAGGGACAGGAACAAUCGCAUUCGAGUGGUGAGCAGAGUUGCGGCGCUCAUGGUGAACUGCCUGUCUUGCGCUUGUUCCAGGUUGUAUGGCCAGCUGAAGCUGUUCGAGAGAAUCAGACGGCCAAUGGCGUGACGCUGCCGCCAACGAAAUCGGCUGUGUGUUCAGGUUGGCGGACGCACACACAGCUGAUGGGUGUGUGACGGAGUUCGUUUGUUGAAUCAUGUUGGUGUUUGUCUGUCAGCUAUUGGGUUGACUUGCUGA